AUGUCCCUGGUGAUUUCCCUGAAGGAAUAUAACCCCUUGGAAGGAGCAAGACCCAAUUCCCGGGGCCGAACAUAUUCCGACAGCGGUAUUGUAGGUGAGGUGGAGUGAAAUUAUGCACAGUACGUACAUUAAUUCCAUUCUCUCCCAUUUUUAGUUUUCAAAUACGGACAAAUAUCCUGCGAGCCCCAGUUGCAAACCCCAAAUACCGCCACGAGUAGACGAGAUCUGCAGUGGUGGGACUCUUGGUUCUACAGUGAUGUUUGUGUACUACGUUUACGGGAGGAGAAUUCCAGUUUUACAUUUGGGUGUAAGUCAGGAUUGCUGUCAGUAGUGGGAUUCGUGCACCCUUUUUGCAUUCUUUUACUCAGCAGGUAGGGUUUUUAUGUAGUUUAAGCCCUGAUGGAGUCGCUCGAGAUUCAUAAUUAACCUUAAUCCUACGUAGUUGUCACAGAAAUUAUGAACAACAACUAGUGGUGCUCUCCAAGUGCACUUGGGAUGGCCUUUCUGUUUACUUGCGUUACCGUUUUCAAUCUCCUAAUUUCCGUUGAGUAUUAAUCCGAUGGUGCAGUGUAGUCCGUCUAGGUGUCAGACUGAACAUUUUAGGAUUAGCAGCCUAUUUUGCAUUUACUAGAGACGAUCCUGUUUGAUGGUUGGUGAUAAACAGACCUCGGAUAAUAGCUAAAAACCUCUUAGAAGUCCGACUCUAGAUUGUUUCAUCAGAAACCUGGUGGAGAGGGGCCGUAUUCUGCUACUGUCCAGUAUUUCUUGGAGCAUCUGGUAGAUAAACUCUUCUACUUGAUAUUUCGUUAGUUCUCUUUGCGGUCGACGUGGAAAACCCACUACCAAGUACACUCGUCAUGCCAUACGUUCCAGGGUUGUGGCGCGUCAAGACACUCCAGUAGAGGUGAAUUUAGUAAAAGCUGACGGCGCCAAUGGAGAUACUUCGGAGGAAGUUACAGACUACUGCCCGAUUCCGGUUGAACCCAGUGCGUCAAAAAACCUUCAGUUAAACGAACCUGGGUCUUCUUGUAAAUUUUACAGAGGCCAAGAAACUGUCCGUAUAGGCACAAACCACCUCGCGAGACUUAGCAGCGUUUUCAUCAGUUCAUUUCUCGCCGUCAAUUCUUCAUUUUCCCCUUCCAUUGUAACAGAGGGUAAUUGAAUUGGCUUGUUGUUUUUGUAGGCGGCCGGAUCGUGUGUUUCUCUCAGCAUAACUCAGAGAAAUUAGCGAACCGGCCAAGCAGUCGCUUGUAUGGUUGUCUAGGAGCACACGACUGUGAACUCGUUCAUUAGUAAUAUAGCCGAGAAAGUCUCUUGGGAUUCACUUGCAAAACGCAAGUGCUGAAUGAACUGCCAGAACCCCUAAUCAUAUGCUCCACCGAUGGGAGAGAAUCUUUUCAGUCCCAGAGCCUAUAAACUACUUCUGAAAAGAAUCAGUGUGCCUGUCCUACGCCCUGGAGGUUGGUGUGGUUCUCAUAACACCGAGUUGUCGCAUUGAAAUCCCUUGGGGGUCAAAAAAUCGGACAAUGCAAGUUCCGGCAUCCGCAGCAUAUGAUAAUCGUAAUUCGAUCUGUCCGAGUGAUAUCACAUCUCGAAGCUUAAAUUCUUGCGGACUAGCAUAGGCGACAAAUUGUACCCCUUGGGGGGGAGGGGGGGGGAGAGGAGGCGUGCAGAUGUAAAAUGCAGUUUUGUCAACUUGCUCCUAGAUCUGGAAAACCAAGGCAUCCCAGCCACUUAUAUUGAGUCAGGUCUCUUGAGGUUGUUGUAGAGGAAUCAGACGGUUUCUAAGGCAAUACAGGGCUAAGAGCAGCCAAAAAAUUGGCGCGGAGACUCUGGAAGCAGGAUGUUUCUGUCACUUUCAGGUCCCACAUUUUGAGGUCUUAUCAGAUAGCCAACAGAUAAAAAUCUGAUAGCUAUAAGGGAAGAGGCUGUUCUACAGAGGGACCAGGGUGAGUCAAAAUCGCCAUCAUUAUUAACGUGGUUAUCCGCAUCAGGGAUGGUGGUUGUUGACUGGAGCGUCCAUUGUUGUAGCCAGUGGAAUUACGAUCGUGUAGGCAAGUGCAACAUCUGCGGACCUGACCUGAAUCAAAUUCACGGUGGUCGAGCGAUCGCAGGCUUUAUUCUAUCCGGACGAGAUUGUAGGAUAUACUUCCGGACUUGGUAUGGCACGGGAAAAGGAACUCCUCGUAUUACUGAUGGUCUUGCGCUGAAGCCCAGAAGUGGGACUAGGGUUGGGCCAGGGGUCAUAGCUAGUACAGGGGAAUAGGCGCCCCCUGAAAUCUGGCUCAAGGUUACCCGUAGCACAAGCUGUCCGCAUUCCCAUGUACAACCUCGAACUUUCGAGAGGAUGAAAUCUUUUUAAAAACACACAAGGAGACGUUACUUGGACUGGUGGGGAGGGGGGGACUGGUUCCUUUCACAUAAAUGAACCACCCUUGUGCACGUAGCAGAGAUUUUCACUGCGAGACCUGGCACGCGACGCAGUCAACAUACAGCAGGCGGCGUCUUCUGUGAAGAUAAGAAAGCGCUCGGUGAAUGCCAAGGCUUACUCGCAAACAAAAGGUAUUUUGAUUCCUAUGCAACCUCAAGUAGAACGCGUCACACACACACACACACACACACACACACCCACUAACCCUCCAGCACAAACACCCCAUGGUUAUUUUUUCUUAUUUUCUCCUCGCCUGAAUGCCACCAUAUUGAUCGUCUGAACUAGAUGGAAGUACGUGCAGGCCCCUCAUUCGUUGGUCAACAGAAUACAGUCGACAGGCCCAUGCGAACUGUUUUUUCCUCUGUAAAUCCUGCCUUCAAAAUCUUCUCACGGAGUCAACGAGAACUGGGCUGCCAGCGCUACUGUUUAUUCACUCCGUUGUCAUAGAAGGAGGCUGUAGCCGCGCAUGCGUGAGCUCCUCCCUGUCAGAAAGUAAAAAGGACCAAACCAUGGAAGUUACCUGGCGCGUAGAUCAAUUUACGCACCCUUAGAGGCCGUGGCCAUAUUUCAAAGGAAAGUGCGAGACAACCGGUGCAGGCUCUAAGUGCUGGCAAGUAAUUUUAACCGAAGAUACCGUCGCUAACGGAACGGGCUUUCUAUAAUGGAUAUCGCGUAAAGAGAGGGAUGGAAAUGGGGCCGGGGGGAAUGUGCGAGAGACGAAGAAUGUACGCGGUUCAAGCAGAGCGAAAUUCCAUAGAAGUGAGUUGCCACAUACACGGAAACAGGCUAUUCUAGCGAAUUGAUGAUGUACGAACUUAGGUUAUGAACAAAACGCAAACCCGCCGAGCAUAAUCCCAAGCAUAUUUAUCAGGUCGACAACAAAUAAGUCUUCAAAGGACGACAAGCAGGCCGCCUCUACCAGUCACAUCAGUUCAGCCUCAUGUGGCUUCUAGAAAAGGCUCCCAGUCGAUUUUGUGAAAGCCAUUCCUUCAGGAUUGGAGGUGGUCGGGUUCAGUUGGUCUGCUGAUGUGAUGAGCGGGAGACAGGGGAUUAAUAGUUUUCAUUUCACGCGGAACCGAGGCUGUUGCCAUGUUAGUGAGUGUCUUGGGCAUCCAUGUGUAGGAAAAACCCUGCAACAGGCUCCACUGUUGGUGUGGUGGACCAAACGGUGACGAGAGAGAGAGAGAGAGAACCAUCAAACUCGAUGACGGAAUUGCGGGUCGAAUCUCCAAAGCCGGCUAGAUCUUCGGCUGGCUACAGCACGCCGUUCGCAACCGCCGUGACAUUCUCAUCAGCACAAACUCGAUGAGGUACAGGGCUCUUGUACGGGCGGAGAAGUGAUCUGUGUAUAAAAACCAAACAAGAAGCCUCGACCACUUUUCCCUCACCUGACACUGGAGUGGUAGGAAGGAAUCCGCGGCAAUGAGAUCUUGGAAGAAACAGGUAUCGUUGGCAUCCACACCAUGCUGAGACAGAUACAAAUACGAUGGAGCAGCCAUAUAUCGAGGAUGGAUGACGAAGGACUAUUGGGCUGGCUAUUCUACGGCUACGUCGCUGCAUAUGCUUACAGUCGAGGCGUGACAACGUCCUUUUACCAACACCUUGAGACCUCCUUCAAGUCAAUAGAAGCGAAGAGACGAGUCCCAGGAAGUAGUCUUGAAGAAGGAGACACGAUCACUGGGACAAGAGCUUUAUUAGCCUGACGUUUCGGAUUCCUGCUCGGACCCACCAUCAGAGACAACAGCAGAUACGAGUUCUGCCGUAUCUGCUAUCGUCUCUGAUGGUGGGUUCGAGCAGGAAUCCGAAACGUCAGGUUAAUAAAGCUCUUGUCCCAGCGAUCGUGUCUCCUUCUUCAACCUCCUUUAAGUACCUAACAUCAAUAAAUAUCUCCGGGAUGGCCUCGAUCAAGAUCGGAAGAGGUAACCAACUGCCAGAAUGAUUGGAGCAGUUAUCCACGGCAACAGUUGAAUAGUCACGUCCAAAUUAGAACGAACUCAUAAGACUCGAGUGCGGACUAAUAGUAUUAACACACAACUCCUACGACCACUGGACAUUUUAGUCAGGCAUCGGCCGCAAUGAGCAUCCCCGGACUCAGUGACAUGUGAAAAUAGCUAACUGACCCCUCAUCUCAUGAAUAACCGCCAGUACCAUUAACAUCACCAUCACCGACCCACCAAUGACACCUGAGAAAUCUGUUUCUAGCACCACUUUCUCCCGCACCAGCAUCGUUGACGCCACGACCAUCUCCCAAGACACUGUUCUCUCCUGUCCUUGCUGGCACCGAACAUUUGACUCAACUGCCGGCCUGGUUGGUCACUUAUGAUUUCAUCGUUCAGGAAUCGGCGAACCAGUGCCAGCAGACUCAGGGCACACGUGUCCCACACGUGUCUCCUGUCCACGUUGUUUCAGAACAUUUGGGCCGUCGUGUGAACCUAUUCGGCCAUACGUGCAUCCUAGUAAAACAACACAGUCCAACCUGCUUGCAACACCUCGCUCGACCUGUGCACAUACGCCCCCUAGGUUGCGUAUGAGCCUAAUCCACGACACGCGCAUACACGCCACCUAUCAGUAACACACCGUGUUCUGUGCGCAGUAAAUACACAGUUCAACUUGCCAAUGGCGGCAAAACGUAACAGGCAAGAACUUGCACACCUAAUUCUCUGUAGCGAUACACGUGUUUUGGCGUGGCCUGACGCCUCGAAUUCAUGCUCGAACCCCUCGUCAGAGACAGCGUCAGAUACGAGUAAUUCGUAAAGGAGGGCUUGCAGUGUUUAUAGAAUGCAGUCGCUAUGCUACCGCAAACAUAUGAAAAUUAACGACUCCCCUCCCUUCAUCGAGGGUGAUUGCUAGUCAUUGCAAUCUCAUCACCCAUGUUGGAAGCUGACGUGGUGACUGCUCGGCCAUCUGGCUCAUCGAAACUGCCAUUGCAACCACUGUUUGCCUGUGCGCUCCCUGUGUGGUUAAUUAUUCUGCCCAGACUAAGUCCCAGCGCCUAAUAUGGAAAGCAGAGGUCAUUACACUUGUUCGUAGACUGGGGACCACUUAAACAUGACUCAAGUAGCUCGCGGCUCACGUGUUCACAAGCUAGGGUCCAUGGUCAUAUAAGAAAUCCCCCAACAUCCUAUCGCAUACAGUCUAGCAUUUCUGGCCUUCUCACGGUGAUCAGAUUGUCGUGCUUCUAGUCGGACGCUUGAAGAAGGCUCAUAGAGACCCUUCUUGGUCUAACCCGAGGGGUCAGCCUUCUGCACUCGCGACAAUGCGUUCCACGGUUUCGUUACCUCUGUUUCUUCCUGACUACGCUGCCUAUCCUAGUUAACCCCUAACUGUACCUCCUAUGCGCAGCGGUCGUUGGAUCAGUUUCACUCAUCUUAUUACUUAAGGCGGAUAUUUCUUCACGUUCAAUCUCAUUUUGUACUUGUGUAUUCCGUCCUCCCAGGAAGGGUUAUUGGAGACGCAAGAACUAAAAAACUCUUGUUAAAAUGACAUCCCCCCCCAAAAAAAACAAAACCAUAAGCCUUCCACUAUGCAACAGCAACGCUCCAACCUAUUGGUUUGUCACUUAACUGUCAUUUCUUCAAUUUGUCCAAUGCUUUCUUGGAAAAGGUGGGAUUAGUUGCGAGAUAAUAACAACCUUGUCUACUUUUUCAUGGGGUCGUUGUCAAAAGAGAACUGCACGUUUAGUGUGUCAUUCUGGGUCCGUUUUUUACCCUGGGUAGACGAGGUCGAGUCGAACGUAGCACUCUCUCCCAAUGGUGCUAAGACAUGGUGGGUUGCUUUGCAUGAAGAUGAUGAAAUUGCCAUAUUAGGGGACACAGGUAGCCUGCGUAACUAGAGGAGCAGGUGACACAUGUGGUUUAACUAUUCGUAACGAUGGAACUGAUUACCACACGAUGGUGAGCAAGAUUUUACUGGCAAAGCUUUCUCAACAGAGCUCGUUGUUAUGAUACAAGAAGACUUGGUCUCAUAAAACAAGCCCCAAGGGCAUCAACAUGUGGCGUAUCAUCAAGAAGAACAAUACCACGUGCUUUCAUCGAGUUGGACGGAAAUCUUUUCCACAGACGUAGGGGCCUUCAGUGCGCUGCAUUUGGAAUGCGUCGCGCGGGUCUGAAGACCAUGACUAAAGAUGCACAUAUGAGCUCUUAAAUAAGACUCAACAAGUCGCAACGAAAUUGGCGCUGGAAAUAAAUCCUGCUAUGUAUCUACAAUAGCUUUCCGUGUCAGGUUUGGUUCCUUGUUGUUAUAGGCAGGACAGUGACGAUCGCAUGUUAACUCUCCAGAUGUUAAACAGUUUAGAUUAUAACAGUGAUCAUGAGAAGCCUUUUCUAGUUAGCGUUAGACCUGAGUCUUCGAAGGCACGGAUGGAAGCUGGAGAGAGUUGGGAUUUGGACCAAUCGCCCUCCCGGAGUUACUCUUACAGAAAGUAACGAAAAAUGGAACCCUUUUCUAGCUGCUAUGCGAAGGCCGGGACGUGAAGUAUCAACAACCAUUUCAACAUUUCUCGUUUUUGAAAAUGGGCAGACGAAGUCAUUAUAGAAAACGUCAGGCCUCAAAUAAACCUCCCCCGCGAACGCCUCUCCGCGUACGGGGUGACAACCUUAACAACAGUCGGCGAAAUGAGUCCCAACGCAUUCGGUACACCCCUACAUCGAUUAAAUGUUGUGCUGUGGACCUCUGCGGACACGUGGACGGUUGCUAUGGGAAUAGCUAUUGGACCUGCUCGUCAAAACUACAAAAUUAACCGCCGACGCUGUGAAAUUUCAACUUUGUGCUGACCCAUGUGUGAUGUUCAGUACUAUGGCUAAUGUAUCGACUCCGACAUGGCACAGCUCCAAUUCAGGUUUUAGCCGUCGUAAUUACUGCCUGGGAUUCCACCAUGAGUGUUUCACCCCGAUGAGUUGGAUGGUAGUGAAGAUGCGAUUUCCAGGUGGCAUAUCUGAAGAAGAAGAGGCGUUCACUGGGAGAGGUUUAGUGGAGGUCUGACGUUUCGAGUGGUUAUUUGGCCUACCCAUCUUCUGAGCCUUGGAAGCACUCAUUACAUGGCGCACUUUGUUUGAUGUGGAGCCCGCCAAUGCCGCCUGCGUGGCUGCAUCCGGCCCGCAUUUCGCUGUGGCACGAGCUCCUGAAGCCUGAGUUCGUCAGAUCUUAUCUGGUUUUACGAACCUUGAUGGAGUACAGUCAUGGUGCGCAACAGUUGUGACUGUAAAUUAUCUCCGCGGUCGACAGAGGGGGGGGGUGACUCAGGUUACGGUGAUAUGCGGGUCAGAUGCAGCCUCACAAACGUAUUGGCGGGCUACGCACCAAAAAGGUGUGCAGAUGGCUUUCUAGUCUCUGAAAAUGGUUAGGCGAAAUAAAUACUAAUACUAGCGUACUAAUAAUUAUAAAUAUUUGAGUACAGAAUGAUGUGCUUCCUUCAUAAAUGACUCCAAGAAACAGUCUUAAUUGACAGAAUUGAAUUACCGACAAAGACAAGGGAGACUGUCGGUAAUUCCAUUCUGCCUAUAUAUCAUGCGCCGCUGUGCGGCUGCUGCUCGAGAGAGAGCCCUUAAGGCACAACGGAACGAGUGAGUUCCGAAUGAACGAUCGGUGAGCGCCCCCUACCACAGUCUUAAUUGAGCUAGUCUGUAAAUGUUAUUACGUAGGUGGGUCGAGUUUUGCUAGUAGUCGCACAAAUCAUUGGUAAGUACGUGCCGAACAAAACUUUAUACUUUAUACGCACGAUUAAUUUUGGGUUUCGAUUUACUGCAAGAGAGAACGUUAAGAAUUCCUGAUUUUAGGAAUCGAAAUCAUAAGAAUUAUUCGAUCAAAACUUAGAUUUUGCCAGAUUCAAAGGAUAAAGGACAUUUGGGACGAACUGCUUAUUUAAAAAAGCACACAAAAGCCUGAAUCAACACAAAUGGAAAUAGAAUAGUGAAAAAGAAGUAUCUCAGACAGGAUGCCCGAGUUGAAUUUUGCUGGUCAAAUAAACAACAACAUAGACAGUCUGGUGGGCUACCCCUAGAUGCUGGAAAGAGACACGCAGCACAGAAAGCAUCUCUAUUUUGAAAAGCUACGUACCACGACUGAUACCACAAAAGCUAAAUCAUAAGCAACAAAGUAUGCGAAGGCUUGAGUUAACUCAACCUAUAUUGACCCGUAACUUACGUAGCUCACGUAUCUGCACUUAUAGGAACAUCGAUGAACUUUGCUACAGCGAUUCUGAACGCAAUCUGAAAAUCAUGCACCUCUUUCAGCACAAAGUUUGUCUCGCAGUUAAAUUGGUGGUUUUAGAAACUGCAGAGCCGGUGAACUCUGUUAGAUUGACCAAAUAUUACAGUUAGUGACCGAUCUCAUGAAAUGUUAGUUGAAAUUCCGAAAUGCGUGUUCGAUUAGGAAGGAACACCUAAGUGGGAUUGUAAUAUCGAUUAUCUUGCGGCAUAAUGCCGCAAUACUUCAGACACGUCAGCAUGUUGGCUUUGACUGCAGUUCUUACCGGCCGCUUGCGAAAUCCGCACACGACGAAAAAUAGUCAUUAAAUUAGUAUGUUUUUUCUAUUAAUUUUCAGUGCCCUUGUAAAUUCAAGCAUGUCCCACAGAAAGCAUAAACAAAAUAUUCUUUUUUGUACGCAGUUGGUAGCAAAUUACGCCUUCGUCUAAUUUUAUACAUCAAGAUAGAGUAAAGGUUUGUUUUAAAAAAAGUUUCCAACCGGAAGAUUUCUUAAAUUCAUGCACUGUCCGUUCGUAACGUAUUGAUCCAUUUAUGAAUGCUGCUGUUGAAGUAUACAACACAGUCCAUGUUUAUUGCAAAAUUUAAUGAGCUGUAUGUGGCAUCUUCUCAAUGGGAUAGAGAAGUAUGUGAUUUUGUCCACACGGAGUACACACAACACGUAGACUGAAACCCUAAGUGUAGGUGUAAUGGCAAGUCGAGUCCAAAACUAUUCGGGGACAAAAACUUUUGAAAAUCGGAAGCUAUCCCAUCCUCAUACAACAGAUUUGCAGAAGACGUAAUUUUCUUCUAAAUGCCUACAAGAAAGCGUAUUUUGCUGUAUGUUUUCCAAAAAAUAGAUGUGAAUUUAUAAAGACGUCGAAAAUCACCAGAAAAGUGCUUACUACAUAAGUGGUGUUUUUUAUCGAUUGCGGUUUUUGCAGGCGGCUGAAAAGAGGUACAGUCAAAAGUCGGCGGUCUGAACGGCUGAAAUAUCGUGAGACUAUGCCGCACGCUAAUUAAUUGCAACUCAACUUAAGUGACCCUAUUCGAAAACGCCCUUUAAGAAUUCCGAUAAACGUUUCAUGAAAUCCACCACUGUAUAUUAAUGACUCCGAAUAUUAAUGGCAAUACUGGAAUAUUGCAAUUUUCUCUUUCUCACGUUUGCUCGUACUAUGGCAUUGCAAUUUUCAGCAGGGUUCUUAGUUCUUUUAACUUUGGGUAAGGUCGUUUUUAAUCGAAUGCGGCUAAAUCACAGAGUAACCAUUGUAGCGUUUUCACCGAAGGGCGUUCUUUUUCGCAGCGGAGAUCGUCUCUUCGCGUCAAGCAGACCUCAACAGUGCAAUCAUCAGAUCUUACUAGCUUAGCUUGCCAACCGAACAGAGCAUAAAAAAAGCGGUGACUGUGUCAACACACUUCAGCGAGCUGCAAAACGUAUCAAAACAAUCGUUCUUCUUUCUUCCCGAAUUCUCAGUCUACGACAGGGUUAGCACAUUAAGUGCGUAGUCAAGAUCAGAAGUAUACCAUACUUAUCGCGAACGCUGAUGUUUACGCGAACGGCAAUGAAGAAUCUGCGUGCUUUUUCCUUACCAAUAAAGGAUAACCUGGCGUUCAGUACGUCAUCUGCAAGAUAGCACAAUAGGCGUAGGUGUUUCAGUGAGUGCGAAAUUCAAACCUUCCAAAAUACACAACCGAUUUAUAGUUUAAUAUCGAAUGACCUAAAGGAGUCCGCCGCCAUUCGCUUAGAACUGGAGACGGUUUCGUAGGGUUGGAAACUACCAUGCUGUCAGCUACGCUGCGAGCAUGCCAGUUACUGCGCCGGUUAUCUUGUAGCGAAACCGGAUCACCUCUGACUUUUAAUCUAAGCACACGGUGCACGUUGCACAAGCAUCACGUAAACUGCAGACUUUCUCCUUACAAGUAAUCUGACGGUGACAGAUGGCUAGUUUGUUCGCUUAGUGGACGCAAACCUGUGACUGAAGUCUGUUGGAGAAAUUCAUCAGGUGUUCUAGAAGGAGUAGACGUAAAAAUAACUCCCGGAGGACAUUAAAUCUGAACUCAUUUGAUUUUAUGUUCUCCGGUAGUUUUAAGUUUUUAUGUUACGUUCAAAAUUAACGCAAAAUACGAAUGCGAGAUGCGGAGAGUAUGUUUUCACUCGGGUCCCGCCAGUUCAGCUCGAUAUUUUCAGGUUUAUAUUAGCAUUGUAAAGACUAAGCGCAAAAGAAAUUAAGUCUCGAUCGGAGUCAGAACGUUAUUGAUAGGACCUACCUCUAACUGCCCUAACAAACUGCGUGCGUCGGAAAUUAUAUUGCUCCGACAAAUUCCACGUUUUAUUUCAAUUCUACUUUCAAGUGAAUGCAAACUCUUCAGGAAACCGAGAUGUUUUAGUCCCGGAAUAUUACCAAGGGCUUUGGCUGUCAAUUUUUGUCAAAAACUUCGUCGACUAGGACAAUGUUUGUGCAUAUCGAAACUCGUAAAACAAUGAGAACAAAGUGUCGUUACGUUUUAAGUUGGAACGAUUGUCUAGGCCGGUGUGAAAAGCCAAGUAACAGGAAGCUUGAUGCUAAGUCAUUUGUGAUGUCGACCCAGCUAGCAAAUGCCCCUGUCCUAAGUGCUUGGCUAAACUGUGAAUGACGGGACCACGGCUCAGUCCAACCGGUCGUUCGUUUUCUAUUGCCGGCACAACUGAUUAAUAGUAUUACAAGUUUUUAAAGUAAAGAUAGCAUGGGUGUACGUUCCAUAAGUGGAUCAUUCUAUAGUAAUAACCAUGCAAGUAAACUACUUUCCGUAAACUACUUUCCGGCCGUGGCCCUUCUCGUUCGAUCCUGUCUACUUCUGCCCACACCGUGCGGGCAGUAUUUGUGAUUUUGUCCGGCGACCCAUUCUUCCGAAAACACAUGAGAGGAAGUAGUUUUGAAGAAGGAGACACGAUCGCUGGGAGAAGAGCUUUAUUAGCCGGACGUUUCGGAGGCCUGCUCGAACCCAUCAUCAGAGACGAAAGCAGACACGUGUGGUUCAUGCACAAGGGGCUGCAGUAUUUAUAGGAUGCAGUCGCCAUGCUAACGCAUACCUAUGAAUGUCCACGGCUUCCCCCUUCAUCAGGGAUCGUUGCACGUGGUGUGAUGACUGUUUGGUGGUCGACAUUUGCGUCGUUAAUUGCUGCAAACUCAUCACGUGCGUUGGAUGUUUGUGUGAUGAUUGCUCGACCAUCUGAAAAACCGGAAGACAGCUCCGAACGCGAAUGGCCGAGCACGCUGCAGUGGUGCGGAGAAAUAGUGCCAGCUCUCGAGUUGCCGCUCAUUCGACGAGAUCCAGCCACACAUUCAAAUUCGACGAGGCCGAAACUCUCCCAAGAGGUGACAACCGUGUGAGCCGCGAGCUGCUUGAGUCAUGGUUUACUGGCAUCCAGUCCAUUAACAAGUGCAAUGAUCUUCCCCUUCCAUACUCGGUGCUUAGACUUCGCCUAGACGGAGAAAUUAACCACGCGGGGAGCGCACAGGUAAACACUUCCUAACACCAGGGUCGGUGCGUCAGAUGGUCGAGCAAUCAUCACACCAGCAUCCAACGCACGUGAUGAGAUUGCAGUAAUUAACGACGUAAAUGCCGGCCAUCAAACAGUCAUCACACCACGUGCAACGAUCCCCGAUGAAGGGGGACGCCGUGAACAUUCAUAGGUAUGCGGUAGCAUGAUGACUGCAUCCUAUAAAUACUGCAGCCCCUUGUGCAUUAACCAUCCGUAUCUGCUAUUGUCUCUGAUGAUUGAUUCGAGCAGGCGCCCGAAACGUCAGGCUAAUAAAGCUCUUCUCCCAGCGAUCGUGUCUCUUUAUUCAAGACUGCUUUCUGGGACUCGUCUCUUUGCUUCUAUUAGGAAGUAUUUUACUUGCAUGAUUGUUUCUACGGAGUGGUUUACGCAAAGCACGUACUCAGGCUAUCUGUGCUUCAAACGCUUGCUGUAUUAUCGGCCAUUUGAACCUCGAAGAAGUCCAGUCCAGUGAACGCACGUUUUCGAUUAUUCCGAUUAUCCUCGGGUCCAUACGGUAAUGUGCAUUACGGUAAAACAACAAAAGCUAAAAAAAACAGACAAAGCGUAUUAGUCGGGGGAGAGAGGGUUUAGGGCGUUCAGGCAUGUCAGACGACAGGGGUGAUUAUAGUCCGGUUCUGUCAGGGACAUGGGUAGGGGGAAGGGGAAGAGAGUAGUGGGAGUCUGAUAGUGGGUUGAGCUCAUGUUUCGUUGCUGUACGGAGACGCGACAGGAUUUGGCAACAGACAUGAUGGACCAACUUCGGCCAGGGGGACUUGAGAACUUAUACAAGCGCCUUCCAUGAAACCAAGGUGGGGUUGGCUAACCGCACGACUGUAGCAGGCAUUUUUCUCAAUACUUUUUGAUGCCCUUAAACAUUCAAUUAUAUUUCAUGGAAAAUAUGCAUAAAAAUAUUCAACCUUCUGCUCAUUCGGUAGAAACUUACGUCUUCUUACAAUUUUAUACCCAAAGGAAGGAUAUAAUUCGGUUUUCAAAAACUUUUCCAAUUACCGAAUAAUUUUGUACCCGACCUGCCGUUACACUUGUAUUCACGGUUUCCAAACCACAAGCUGUAUGUUUUCCGCGUACGGAAAACCAUAUAUUUCGCCACGGUAUUAAGAGGAGCCCGUAUGGGGUUCGCAAAAUUUUGCAAUUGAUUUGAGCCAUAUUGUCAACUUUACAAGCAUCAUUGGUAAGUGCAAAGACGACGUUUUAUUAACGGCCGUUCCACGGUAUUAAAAAAUCUCACAAUUAGAAACUUUUUUAAAACCGAAUUAUACCCUUCCUUCGAGUAUAAAAUUGGAAGAAGGCGUAAUUGUCUGCCGAAUGGGCAGAAGAAUGAAUAGUUUUGCGCUUGUUUUCCAUGAAAUAUAAUUGAAUGUUUAAGGACAUCAAAAAUCAUUGAGAAAAAUGCAUGCUAAUUAAGUAGCCAUUUUUUUACAGAGUAUGCUUUUUACCUGCAGCCGGAAGGAAGUUCGGUCGUAACCCGGCAUCCUGAGGUAACUGAAUCAUUAUAGAAUUAUGUUGCGGGCUGGCUACUCUUACAACCGUACUUAAUGCAUUUUUUCGAAAUGAAGACGUAUUUUGGGAUUUCGGUUGACUUUUCAUGAAUUGGUCCAUCUACUGUAUGGCGCUGCACAUCCGUUUGGAUAGGUGCAUAGUCGUUCCAACAAUAUAGCCUGCCCCACAGGACUAAGUGAAUGCCGGAUGCACAUUAAAGAAGUCUGAAAAAGCAGCCCUUUUACCUUCAAGACGAAGAGGUGGGGUGCUUGAGGUAAUUAGUUUUAUCUUGACGACUUUAUACGUGCGUACGAUAGCGGAGUUUGGGCGACGUCGAAGAACUUCGUUAGUCGGGUCCCUCGAAAUACCGAUGUUAGAAAUAACUCUUUCUUAGCCAUCUGCACGUGCCUUUUUGAAAAACGUUCUUCCGUAUAUCUUGUGAUAAAAUUAUUGGGGAGACCAUUCGCUCACAGAGUAUGCCGUAUGAGGGCGAGUUCGUUCUCCUACGUAUCUGGAAUGCAUUUUCUCCUAGCACGGUUGGUUAAGCAGGGCUGAGCUUCAUUUCUUACUUUGAGGGACAAUGCUGUUGAAAUCUGUUUAAUGCCCUGUCCGUGUUUUUUUGCUAAAUAAACUUCUACGAAUUGCUCCAUCAGAUUUUCUACUAAGCAGUACGUCCAGAAAAAGGAGACACUCUCCCUUCUCUCUUUGCAAAGUGAAGGUUAGCGCUGGGGAGCCUGGUUCACCCUAUCCAAGAGAAUGCCCACAUCAGGCUGUUACAAAACUGUUAUCAACAUACGGGGCACAGGAAUCAAGGUCCCGUAUGACAGAAUAAAGCUGGUUCUUCUCUAGUUUUCUGAUGAAUGCAUCCGUUGGCAGUGGUCCAAGGGGUGAUCCAAUCACUACUUCGCCGAUCCGAUGGUAAAAUUGACCGUCAAAUCCAAACUGAACAUUCAACUUGCAGCGAAAGAGCAGUUCAUUUAGGACUACGGCCAGAAUACCAAUUUGGAAUUCCUGCCUAACAUUCUCGUCACACAGAUAUCCCAAAGUUUCCGUCAGAAAAAUAUUAGUGAAAAAGACGAGGCAUCUAUAUGAAUAUGACAUCGUUUACCCUAUGAGAUUUGCACUUGUUGUGGAAUCGAUGGAUUCAAACGUUCCGUAGGCUGCGUGGUGUUAUUUUGCAUUGACUAGGCUUAGGCAACUCCGCCAGUCCCUUCGCGAUUCUGCGAUAGAGCAAAUGAUUAAAGUUCAAUAUUAGCUGCAAAAGAAGGUCGGGUUUGUGAAUCUUUAAUAAAACAUCGGCCUUGGGCCGGUAGACAGUCUCCUCUGGAUUAUGCAGACCUAAUUUAUGACCCACAUUCAAGAUGUUGAAGACAUCUAUGUGUCAGCUACAUUGUGGGGAGUACUAGAAGUAUUAUCGAGGAUGAUAUCACGUGUGCGGGACCCAAAGAAAACUCCCCUUUGUCGGUGCGGACGAAAAAACGUUAAGUGAUGCGUUAUUUCGUUGGCGAACAAGGCCGCAUAUGUACAAGUAGAUAUACAGUAAAUGUGCUAUCUCAUGAAAUGUUAACCGAAAUUAUGAAAUGAGUUUUCGACUCAAAAAGGCUACUUAAGUAGGGCUCUAGUAUUAACUCCCGUGGAGCAAAGUCCCAUGAUAGUUUAAUUACUUCAGGAUGUCGGCCUUUGAAUGAACUUAUUGCUGGCCGCCUGUACACACUGCACUGUAAAAAAUGACUACUUAAGUAGCAUGAGUUUUUUCAUCAUUUCGAUGUCCUUAAACUAUUCAUGUUUUCGCUCAUUUGGUAGAAAAUUGCGUCUUCUUCAAAUUUUGUACUCGAGGGAAGGGCAUAAUUCAGCUUAAAAAAAAUUUUACAAUUUCUAAAUAAUCUUGAACCCAACCUGCCCUUACAUCUGCAUUCGGGGCUUUAAAACAACAAACUAUGUGUCUUCUGCGUACGGAAAAUCACAUAUAUCUCUGCGGUAUUCAUAUGAGACCAUAUGAUAUUAAUAAAAUUUGCAGUGGUUUGAGCCAUAUUGCAAAGUUUACAAGUCGUUAACGGUCUUAAAAAAUAAUAACUUUGUUCUCUUUGGAAUACACUUUAGGCAGUUAUUUUCAUUUCUUGGAACAAUAAAAUACCUCAACUAUGCGCUGAUCUUCAUAUCUUAUCAAAAGUACUUUUCGAAUCGUAACACUGGGAUGCACGUUUCUUAAAUCUAGAAUCAUCGAUUAUCGUGAUAAUUCUGCACGUGCAGAUGCUAGUGCAUACAUGACAAUCGCUGACAACGACUUUCGUUGGAAUUAUACGCACUAACGUCACAGUGACAUUCAUCGGCAGCUGAAGUGCACGAACCUGUCGGAGGGCAAAACUUUGGUAACUGAAAUCAGACUUGAAUAUCUCGAAGGUAUACUACGUGCAAUUAAGUCGAAUCUUGUAAUGAACCACGGCAAAAUCCAGCAAAAUGAAAAACUGUGUCCGCGCAUAAUGGAAACCGCGAUGCACAAAGUUGGUGCUCUGAAAGUUAGACGAAACUCACAUGAGGGCGAAGUGGUCGCUCAGAACAGUCCGCCUGGUCAUGCAAAUAAAGCAUCUCAAACAUACAUAUAUCCUGAAAGAUGUACGGUCUGGAAGAAGUGGCAAUUACAUCAGCGCAGUUACUUCUCUGAGCUCUAGAGAGAUGAAAAUUCGUUAUUCUACUUAUACUACGCGCGGCUUUGCGGCUGCUGGCGGGGCUUGAGAGAGAGAGAGCCCCAAGGCACAGCAGGAUGAGUGAGUUCCGUAGCGCGAUCGGCGAGCGCCCCGCUACCAUUGUAUAUAUCCGAUCGCAACCGUCAGAACAACCAGGCCGUGGCUCAGUGGUUAGGACGCUUGACCUCCAACAACAGGUCGAGGGAUCAAGCUCUAGGGGUUGCACACCUCGGGGUUGGAUAUGGCUAGCCGAUGGGGACCAGCAAGCCAGAAGCGGCCCUUCCAGUCGCCCUUGUCUUUGCCGGUAAUGCUAUUCUGCCUAUAUUAAGAUCCGCUGUGCGCCUUUCGCGGGCUCGAGAGAGAGAGAGUCCCAAAGUAUGCACAAUAUGAAUCCAGCAGACAAAGUGGCGAGUGAACGUUGCCUUCGAUAACUUCUCGUCAGGCCAGUACAUUUAAAUGGGACGAGGUACACUGAGUGAAAGGAUCGAUAAAAGUUAGUUUUCGAAAUACAGGCUAGGCAAGAGUGGAAGGGCGCAGAACGACCCACAAAACCCACCACAGUGAUCGCCGAAAAUAAAACGUUGUUCCUUAAAGUCCCUUUCCAAGGAGACGCUGCGAAUAAACUCCUAAAAGGGCGCCUUGACGAAGCUGUCUCGGGAACCUUCCCAGCAGUGAGGGUUCGCAUAUCAUUCUCUACUAACCGUAUUUUACGCGGAGAAGGGAGGGAUAGGCUGCCACCUCAGACAGCCUCAAGGUGCAUCUACUCAUGCACUUGCUUCUGUGGAGCAGGUUAUAUUGGUCGUACGAGUCGGCGCUUUUCCUAAAGAAUACGAGAGCCUCUUCCCGCAUGGCUGGCAAAUGGUGAAACUAAGAGAAUAAACAGCGCCAUGUUUGCGCAUGCAUUAGAUUCAGGGCAUCGUGUGGACCCCGCUGAAGCAUUUUGCGUGAUUUAUAAGGUCCCAUCGAGCUACCCUAAGCUACUGAGACAGUGCCUGUUUAGAACAGCAGUGGCGACUGCCAUCAGGUUACGAAAACCGACCCUAUUUGCCAGAAGAACCCCGUUCAGGCUCCGCGUUUACGGUGUUCAAUGGUUAACUAACCACAUACAACUUUCUGCACCCUCCCGCUCUUGCCUAGCCUGUAAUUUAAUGCCUAAUUUUUAUCGAUUUUUUCAUUCACUGUGCCCCGUCCCGUAUAACUGUACUGGGCUGACUAGAAAUUAUCGAAAGCAACGUUCGCUCGCCACUUUGUCUUCUGAAUAUAGCCAUGGGGAUUUUCACAAUAUGAAUUCCUUCACAUUCAGUGCUAGCCAGGUUAUGUCCUUAAGGACACGCAGUUGGGUCUUAUUGCCCCACUCCAAAAUCGCAGAUUGGGAGCUAAUAAAAAAAGACCAUUAAUUUCGCCAAAGUACCACGGCGUAGAAAAUGCCACACAGUGUCCCAUGACUUCUUUGAAACUGCAGCCGGAACAGGCUAUGUAAAACAGGUCACAACUAACCGGCGCCCUCAAUGCAGAGGAAAUCGCCAAAGAUAGACUCAGUACUAAUAAAAGUCAAGUAGGCAUAUUUUGUUGUCGCUGAUUACUUGCCGAAAUCCCUAGGUAUAUUGUAAGCCAUAUUCGAAAAUCACCCGUAUUGUACUGAUACUGUGGGCAGUCUUUACCAACCCUCACACAGCUAUUAGUUAAGGAUAUUUAAAGGGAAGAAACUAGAGAGUUUCGCUUAUCAAAGCAGUGAAUUUUUAGUAAUUCAACUUAAGCAUUAUUUGCGUUUCGUAAAAAAUCCAGGUGCUUAUCCAACAGCUAGUGUACAACAUAUCCACAUCACUGUUUUCAUCAGCGACUGUGAUCUUCACAUUCGAAGCCUGCCCCUCUGAGGCUGAGAAUCCGAUUUCCGACCAGUUCCCGCGUAACAAAAAUAUACUACUGGUUAUUUCUAUGUUUUUGCCUUAUUCCCUCAAAUUGAUUUGGCAGUUUUGUCAUCUUUCAAAUAAAUCCAAUGUGGGUGGAAAAACUUGUCAAAUCUGUGUACGAAGAAUAUCAUGAUGCUAGUCCGCAUGGACCGGAAGGAUCUCAUGAUUACUGACUCCGUGAGUGAAUUCCAUAUUGUUAAUGGUUGCAGGGAAAUUUCCGGACGUCUUGCAAAAGCGUCGUUAGUGGAUGGAAUUAACAUAUGAUCGCAUUUAUUCCCAGCAUACUCUCUGGUUUCCCAGAGGGAUCACCGGUUUCGCUGUUUGCCAACAUCGUCUCCGUCCAAAGACACGGCAAAUAUCAUCAGUUAACUUACUGAUAUCGCCGCCAUAUACGCCAUAUUUCAUACAUUAGGUGGCAUAUCUCGUGAAAUAUUGCCCAACAUUUUGAAAUGUUUCAUAUUUUUUUUGGGAAGUUUUGCUUUAUCAAGGUUGCAGCGUCUGUUGUAGGUAAUUUAGACUACUUAAGUGGUAUACAUAUUUUAUGUACAUGUCAAGGUCAUAAAUUCAGAAAUUACUAGGGGUAGAGCAUGGAGUUAAGUAUCCAGGACACGACGGUUCGAGAUCGGACGCGAAAUGUCAAUGAACAUUUGAGUCGAAGACAGUCGACUGGUGUGCAGUAAUCACGUUAUGCCAAUUUCUACUAAAACGAAGCACUGCCAGUAGCAUAAUUUUAUAUGACAGAUGGUUCUAUCCUACUCCAAGAGAUGGCGCCAAAAUCGCAUAAAGAACACUAGGGGAAUCACGAGGGGCCGAACUCCUCGUGGCUGUGUCCAACACUAGCAUAAAUAUCGGCGAAACACGCGUGUGGGCUUUUAGUUAGCAUCUGUGUCAGAUGUACGGCAGAAGCAUAUAUCGCAUGUAUAUAUAUAUACAUAUAUAUUUACUCAGGAUUAGGCGCACACCGAUCUAUUGGCUUCCGAAGCAGACAAGCUCCGUAUGGGUGGCAAAGGUCACGAACAGGCAACCUCUGUAGUUGUGCAUGCCUUCAAAUAUAUAAAUAUAUAAAUAAAUACUUAUAAAGUCUAUUUUCCCCCAAAACAUCCCACACAUUUCAAAUUACAUUUUCUAGGAUGCCUGUUUUCUAAUAGUAUAUACAGUAGAUGUGCUAACUCGUGAAAUGUCAACCAAAAUUUCGAAAUGCGUUCUCGUUUCGAAAAGAUAAAUUAAGUAAUGUUGUAAAACUAAUCAUGAUGCAGCAUAAAUCUAUAAUGAUCCAGUUACCUCAGGGUGUCGGCUUUCGAAAGAACUUAUUUUCGGCUGCAUGCAAGAUCUAUAAUCUGCAAAAAAUGACUACUUAAGUAGUAUGCAAUUUUCUCAUUGAUUUUCAAUGCCCUUGAAAAUUCAAUUAUAUUUCAUGGAAAACAUGCAUAAAAAUAUUCAUUCUUUUACUUAUUCGGUAGAAAAUCACGUCUUCUUCCAAUUUAAUACUCAAAAGAAGAGUAUAAUUCGGUUUUAAAAAGUUUCUAAUUGUGAGAUUUUUUAAUACCGUUAAAUGGCCGUUCAUGAAACGUCAUGUAUCUGCAUUUACGAAUGUGGCUUGUAAAGUUAACAAUAUUGCUCAAAUCCACUGCUUAAUUUUAUGAUCCUCAUAUAGUCUCCUCUUAACACCGUAGAGAAAUGCAUGGUUUUCCGUACACGGAAAAUAUACAGCUUGUAGUUUUGAAACCCUGACUGCAAGUGUAACAGCAGGUCGGGUUCAAAAUUAUUCAGGAAUUAGAAUAGUAAUCGGUGUGCACCUUACCCGCUACCGUUAUAUAUAUAUACAUGUCAAGCAGGCGUGUGACCCUCACUGUUGUGGUAAGGAUCUCACACGAUCCCAUUCUGUCCGCCCGCCAGCUUGCUACUGGCGACAACGAACGCUUUGUCAUAGGACACAUACCACAUAUAAUACAUAAUACACAUAUACACAUACAUAUAUACAUAAUACACAUAUAAUACAUACAUAAGUACUCUGUUUGUGAAUGACAGGAUGGUUACUCUCAAAGUGUAGGAUGACCUCUGAAUACGCCUCUUUGCGAUAAGCUGAUAUGUGAAGUUAUCCACCGGUUUUUCGACGUACAAGAACAUCGAGGAAUGGGAGUUGUCCAUCAACCUCUGUUUCGAAAGUAAACUCGAUUCCUGGAAAUACAGAGUUGACAUUGGUAUGGAGCAGAUCUAACCGAUGUUAUCUAAAUAUCGCAGCCAGAGUUUUGGGUUAACCAUGGGAAGAGCUAUGGUUUCUAAUUCCUGCAUUACGGCUUCUGUCAGAAAACCGUAUAUGGGUGAACCCAUGGAAGCACCUCUUAAUUGCCGGUAGCAUUGUUUGGGGAGGAAGAAUAUGUCUCCAGGCAGAGAUCAAGGAGUUGAAGUAAUGCCUCUGGAGACACCUCAGGAGUGUAUGUUUGAAGUUCUUCGGUGCAGCUCUUCGUUAAAUCUAUCGGAAUCGAAGUGAGGAGCGAGACCACAUCAAAUGACACCAUUAUCUCGUCACAUAUAAUGUUGACACCGUUUACUUUAUCUAGAAACUCUAUUGAAUCCCGAAUAAAGUUCUCGGAGUUCUUCGUAAGUGGAUGUAUUUAGCGAAAUAGCCACUUCGAGAUCUUAUUUCAGUUUAUUUGAUAAGGAUAAUGGGCAAAGCCUUUGAAAACCCUAUUGAUUAUAUGUCAGUUCGUUGGAAAUAACUGUACACGAACAAUAAAAAUAUUCGCUUUUAAAACAGUACUUGGUUCAUUUGAGUAGCAUUGUGUCAGAGAAAAUAGUUGGGAGGUCGUGGGGUAUUAGUUCAGAUUCAGACUGUCGAGGGAAAACAGGGGACACAAAUAAUUAUCCAAGCGUUUCUUGGAAAGUUGCAGAGACGUAGCCUCCUCGACUGACUGAGGGAGAUCGUUCCAUUUCUGCACUACCCUCUGCGUGAAAACUUCAAAGCGAAGAUUCCGCCUGGACAUUGUUGUCCGUAACUUCAUCGAGUGACCACGAAGAGAGGGCGAAAAGUGCCACUGAAACAUGUCCUCAAAAUGAAGUCCAUGCUCAAGGCCAUGUAUUAUCUUGUAGACAAGGAUAGGAUCACCUCUUUUCUACCUGUAACACAGAGGGAAUAAAUUAAGGCAAUUCAGCCUGUCUGUGUAGGAUUGGCUUUUUAGACCGUUUACCAGCUUUGUUGCACGACGUUGUACUCCUUCGAGGCAUGCUUGGCCCUUUACUAGCCAUGGCCGCCACGCUUGUACUCCGUACUCUAGGUGGGGCCGGAAAAAGGUGUCGUAAACUUUCCCAAAAUGUUUUGGUCAGAGGUUACGAACGCCCUUUUGGUUGCAUGCAGCACUCCCAUGGCGUUUUUUGCAGCCUUGUGGCACUGCAGUGCUGGUUUCAGGUUGUUCUGUAUCCAGACUCCGAGAUCCUUCUGUGAAGAUUCUGCGGGAGUCUUAUAUCUUUCAGGUGGCAUGUCCCCAGGCUCUCAUUUGAAUGAGAGUUGGUUGGACGCAAAUGAAGGACGGCACACUUCUCCACGUUGAAAUCUAGAAGCCAUUUCUUCGACCACGCUUGCAAUCGGUGCAGGUUAUCUUGAAGGGAUCUCUGAUCAUUCGGACCCUUAAUGACUUGGCAGAGCUUAACGUCGUCUGCAAACAUUAUUUUGCCGCAGUCGAGUUCCUGAAGGCUGGCAUUAACAUAUAGGGUGAAGAGCAAUGGUCCCAGAACUGAGCCUUGAGGCACACCACUGGUCACGUUCGCCCAUUCUGGCAUGUCAUCCCCGAUACAGACACGUUGUUUUCGACCAAUCAGAAACGCCCUAAUCCAGAUCAGAAGAUCUCCGCGGAUGCCGAUGGCGCUCAAUUUGUGAAGAAGGCGUUGGUGCGGGACAGUGUCAAAAACUUUUCGGAAAUCGAUGUACACGACGUCGACCUCAAAACCCUCUUCUAG